AUGGCGACUCUCACCCGAGCGUCUGUCCGCGUGCCCGUAGCGCAACAGGCGGAAGUUCUCAGAGCCAGCGAAAAAGAUAAGCAAGUACGGAAUGAGCUCGCACGGGCGCUGCAAAAUAUAUGGCAAGGCGGCAGUAUAGUCCUGGGCCGUUUCCUUCACAUCCAGCGAUUAAACCAACGCUGGUCGCGUGCACAGCGGGCCCCAAGUCGUGUGCCGUUGUCAACCGGGCAAGCGCAAGGAACGUCACGUUCUAGCACACUGGGGAGUCUCCAGCAGCCGUGGGAGCCGCUUGGAGCACCACCGACAGCGUUUCGCUUUCUGAGUGACCUCGUCUUCUACUGGAGCACAGUGGGAAUCGGUCGCCAAACACCCGGAGAAGAGUUUUGUGACCUUUUCGAGUGCACCAUAGCUACCGGUGAUCGCAUCCAAGUGGCAACCCUAUCUUGGAAACAGCGACUAUUGGAAACAUUGCUCUAUGCCACCAUCGACUCUUUUCAGCUGCUUCUGUACUGGCUCCGGGUAGCACUGCGUCGAGUCGCCCGGUUCUUGGAGCGUGACUGGUACUCGCAAUGUCUCUUGAGUCGCGAGAGACGCUGCCGAGUAGCCAGUACCUUACGUUUCGUAGACACUUGCUGCGCACGUCUGCAAUUGCUACAAAGCUCCGAUCGCCAUGCACUGGCACUCACGAUACAGUGGCUCAUGCGUGUGCAUCUUGCACUGUUCUAUUUGUAUGGGCGCUACUAUGACCCAGCGAAGAGGCUUGCUGGUGUGCGUCUCGUGCAUAUUGGGCGGUCAAGGGCGUAUUCACCUCGAUAUGAUGCUCUAGGUCUUUUGCUCAUCGUGCAGCUCGUCCUCGAACCCAUUGAUGUGUUGAUGCAGCGUCCAGCAUGGAAGCGAAAGCUCCGCGUGCUUUUCAAAUGGGCACUUGAGCUGUUUCGCAAAAUGUAUGCCAGUGUAUCCACCUCGAAGCGAAUCGCAGGUGAUGGCGUCUCGCAGGCUCGGCCUCAGAUGGUGACCGCUGUGCACACCACAGAUCGAUUCUCGGGCGAAGAAACCGGGCUUCCUGGCUCCAGAACGACAGAUCAACAGCGGUCAUGGUCUGUGGUAUCGCCCAAAUUCGAGCCUGUACCCACUGCAAGGCGAGCGCGAAACGAGUCGCGACACCGCUGCGUGCUCUGCUUGGAUCAGUGCCAGGACCCCACAUGUACUGCCUGUGGACACGUCUUCUGUUGGAUCUGCAUCCUGGACUGGGUGCGUCAGCAAAACUCUUGUCCAGUUUGUCGUCGAGAGGCACAGUUGAAUGACUUACGUUGCCUCUACAGCCUCGGAUGA